AUGUGGCGUUCUCUAGUGUUCGCAGCUCUGUUGGCAACAACAUUUGCAUUCAAUUUACCAGGAAUACCCAGAGAUUUUACGGCUAAUGAUGCCGUUUUGGCAGCAAUAUCUGAUGAUGUAGCCCGUAAAUUUGAGAUUGAAUACAUGAAAUACCUAAAAACCGGCAAGGAAACCCCCGUACUUAAGCAAAUCAGCGCACAAUUGGCCAAAUCUCACAGUAAAAAAGACUUGUUUAUCAAAGAAAUUCAUGAAUUGGGACCAGUAGAUGAAUUUUUCACCUGUGUCACUUGUCGAGCUGUAGUCAAUGUUAUAGUGAAAACAUUCCGCGACGAAGAUGGUGAACUAAAUGGACCGAAUAAUAAACAGGUGGUCAAGAAAAUUGUUUUAGAUAUUUGCCAACGUUUAAAUCUACAAACCGAAGAAGUCUGUUCCGAAAUGUUUGAAUCACAUUGGCCCACAACUGAAUAUAUAAUAAUGAACAGUAAAGAGGAUUCAAGAUUUUUCUGUGGUUUAUUUAUGCAAUGGAGUUAUUGUAAUCUUAACAAUCAUACCGAUUAUGAAUGGACUUUGAAUAUAGAUAACAGUGCCGAGGUCAUAACUUCAUCUAAGUCGGAUUUUCCUGGUAAAACGUCUAAUGAUUUAAAUAUUUUACAUUUAACCGAUAUUCAUCAUGAUCCAUUGUAUGUUCCUGGAUCUUUGGCUGAAUGUGAUGAACCAUUGUGUUGCCAAAGACAACAGGAACAGUUCGAGGGUACUUCAAAGGCAGCCGGUUUUUGGGGAGAUUAUCGUGAAUGUGAUUUACCCUGGCAAACAAUUGAAAGUGCUUUUACUCAUAUAAAGGAAAAUCAUAAAAUAGAUUAUAUCUAUCAAACUGGUGAUAUAAUUGAUCAUAUGGUUUGGAGUACCUCCAACGAAAAGAACAAAGAGGUCUAUACAGCUGUAACUAAUAAGAUCUAUGAAAGUUUCCCUCAAGUGCCAGUCUAUCCCGCCAUAGGUAAUCAUGAGCCUCAUCCCUUAAAUAUGUUCAGUCCCGAUUAUGUACCCGAAGAAGUCAAUACCAGAUGGUUGUAUGAAUAUUUAUACGAUAUCUGGUCUAAGUAUUUACCGGCCGAUACUAAAGAGACCAUAUUAAAAGGGGGCUAUUAUACUGUUUUAGUAAAACCUGGUUUCCGCAUUGUGUCCCUGAAUAAUAACGAUUGUUAUACCAGUAAUUGGUGGUUAUACCAUAAUGGUUCCGAUAUGAAAACUCAAUUAAUGUGGCUGCAUGAUGUUCUCUUGGCCGCUGAAAAAUCAAAUGAAUAUGUUCAUAUUUUGGCACAUAUACCCUCCGGUGAUGGUACUUGCUGGAAUGUUUGGUCUCGUGAAUAUAAUCGUAUUAUUGCUCGUUUCCAUAAAACCAUUAGUGGUAUUUUCAAUGGUCACACCCACAAGGAUGAAAUGAAUGUUCAUUAUGACGAGAAUGGCUAUGCGGUGGCUUUAUCACAUAAUGGUGGAGCUUUGACUACUUAUACUUUUAAGAAUCCCAAUUAUCGCAUUUAUCAAGUUGAACCUGAAAGUUUGCAAGUAGUUGAUCAUGAAACGUGGAUAUUUAAUUUAACUGAAGCUAAUUUAGCUGGUGAAGCUAAAAAUCCUAACUGGUUUAAAGAGUAUACAUUCGCUGAAGAAUUUACCCAGGAUUUCAGUCCAGCAGGCGUGGAUAAGUUAUUGGAGGAAAUGGCAGAUAAUCCAGAUUUGUUGAGAAAGUUCUGGCGCUAUAAAAGAACUUCAGCUGAUCCUGCUCUAUCUAAGGGUUGUUCCAGAACUUGUCUAUUGAACACCAUUUGUCGUCUGGCCACUACUGUUCAUGAUCAAACUAAACGCUGUGAAGAAUUAAAGACAAAAUUGAAUGUAGCGCUGGAUAAGGAAAACGCUACCACGGAAAGUACUUCUCAAGGCACCACAGUAUCUACUACCAGUAAACCUACAGAUCCUGAGGAUAAUGGAGAUGAUGGUGCUAUUUCGAUGUCAGCUUUAAGUUUAACAACUUUAAUUACUGUGAUUUUGAGUGUGCGUUAUAUAAUGUAAAUUAUUUUAAUAAAAUGUAAUCAGCGACAUUUUUAAAAUAUC